CUAAUGUGGGCAUCUCGCCUUAGCAAUUCCACUCAUGCCAACAUACUGCUCUUGCGCGGCGCUAAAGUCGAAGCAAGGGACUCAUCAGGCCGAACUGCGCUGCACUAUGCUGUUGAAGGCGGCUCGCUGGGAUGCAUCAAGGCGCUCUUAGAGGCUGGAGCUGACGCCCAAACUGCUGAUAAUGAUGGAAUCUUCCCCAUUCACAGCGUCGUUUACUUUAUCAACAACUGCGAGGUCGGGGAUAUCAUUUCGUGUCUGUGUGCCCAUGGCGCGGAUCUCGAGACGCGUGACAACACAGGUUUCACGCCUUUGUAUCGCGCUGUGGAUUUGGGGUCACAUGUAAGCGUUGAAGCGCUCAUCAGAUGCGGUGCCAAUAUGAAU